GCGCAGCCCCCGCCCUUCCCCGCGCGGCGCCCGGACCCGGCGGCGGCGCAGGAUGAAGGACCGGACCGGGGAGCUGCGCGCCGCGAAGGACAGUGAUGAUGAUGAUGAAGUCACCGUCAGUGUGGACCGGGACCGCUUCAUGGAUGAGUUCUUUGAGCAGGUGGAAGAAAUUCGAGGCUUCAUUGAUAAAAUUUCGGAGAACGUGGAAGAAGUGAAGAGGAAGCACAGUGCCAUUCUUGCUUCACCCAACCCUGAUGAGAAAACAAAGGAGGAGCUGGAAGAGCUGAUGUCUGACAUAAAGAAGACAGCGAACAAAGUGCGCUCCAAACUAAAGAGUAUUGAGCAGAGUAUUGAACAAGAGGAAGGACUGAACAGGUCAUCUGCUGACCUGCGGAUAAGGAAAACUCAGCACUCGACGCUGUCACGCAAGUUCGUAGAGGUGAUGUCCGAGUACAACGCCACACAGACCGACUACCGGGAGCGCUGCAAGGGCAGGAUUCAGAGGCAGCUGGAGAUCACUGGCAGGACCACCACCAGUGAGGAGCUCGAGGACAUGCUGGAGAGCGGCAACCCAGCCAUCUUCUCCUCCGGGAUCAUUAUGGAUUCAAACAUCACCAAGCAGGCACUGAAUGAGAUUGAGACCCGACACAGCGAGAUCAUCAAACUGGAGAACAGCAUCCGAGAGCUGCAUGACAUGUUCAUGGACAUGGCCAUGCUGGUGGAGAGCCAGGGUGAGAUGAUUGACCGCAUCGAGUACAACGUGGAGCACUCGGUGGACUACGUGGAGAGGGCUGUGUCCGACACCAAAAAAGCAGUGAAGUACCAGAGCAAAGCCAGACGGAAGAAGAUCAUGAUCAUCAUCUGCUGUGUGAUCCUGGGUAUCGUCAUUGCCUCCACCUUCGGUGGCAUUUUCGGCUAGACUCCCCCCACGGGACUGUUUGUGUGCGAUGGACGGAGCCGCGCGUGCCAUGGGGCCGCAGCCACGCCGGAGCGACCCACGCAGCCCCAGAGCCUCUCAGCAGCAUUUCAGUUUCUAAUGCAUGGUUGUUUGUGACGCUGUGUGUGCGGUGCGUCUGUGUGGAGGGAGUGCCGGCCCCGGGGCACAGGCGGGGUGCAGGGGACAGUGAUGGGUGCAGGGGGGACCUUGCGAGGGAACCUGAGCUCUCAUCGCUGCUUCUGGCUGGAACCAGGCAGGGACAGAGGUGCCCUCGGGCACUGCUGCCUCUCCUGCACUGGGCAGUCUGUGUUAGGGAUGGUUGAGGAUGAGGAGGGGUCGAGGAAGGGUGUUAGGGGUCCUCGAAGAACGCAGUGCCCAGUCAACCCCCACCCCCAGCUUCCUCAUCACCUCCAGCCAGAGCUCUCAUUGCCAUCAGCCACGUCUGUGCUUGCAAACACCGUUCCUUGGGCUGCUUCUCUCCCAGGCCCCGUUCCCAGGGGUGCACCCUGCCAGGCCCUGCUGCCCCCCCCCGUCCCUGCCCGCUGUGGGCGCUGGCCCGUCGCCCCGCUGUGGGUGCCAGGGGCUGGACAUGCCCUCCGUGCAUCGGAUGGAGCAGUGCGGGAUGAGGAGCUGCUGCAUGGGGCCACCACAGUUGCGUGGGGAUGAGCACAGCCCACAGGGGAGCCAGCGCUGCACCCUGGGGUUGGCCCAGCACAGGUAAGAGCAGCUCAUGUCACCGGCUUUUCACCCUGCGCCAAAGCCUCACUGUUCUGUUCUCAGCCCCGGCACACGGUGGCCCUGGCUUCUGCUGGCCUGGGCUCUGGGGGUUUGGGGCUGGCACUGAUGCCCACAGGCCCAGGCAGGGCUUGCCAGGGAGCAGGGCUGCUUCCAGCCUCGCUUCUCCAUGUAGGCACCCAUGGCUGGGGUUGGAGGUGGUUGGGCUGUCUCUUGUCGUGGUCCCAGGAGCAGUCCUUGUUGCAUCCAGCCCCCUGCAAGCGAGGAGCAGCGGCCUUCCUCUGCUUCUACUAUCCUCCCAGCUCCUGAGCAGGGCAGUGCCUGACUGCUCCUUCCAUCUCUUCAUCACCUCUUGGCAUCCAUCUGCCCCUGCCAUCUCCUCCUAGCACGGUGCCCUCCUGCCAGCUCUUCCCCUGGGCCACCUGAUGAGGCACGUGCGCUCGGGGGUCCCGUGGGAGCCCCCUGGGUGCCCUGUGCCCUCCACUGCACCCACUACACGGAUGCAGCCACUGUGGGGUGGCUUGGAGGCGCCCUGGGUGUCACUGUCCCUUUUCCUCGGGCUGGGGGCAGCACUCUGCUCCCACAUUCCUGCAGGGCUCCAGCUGGCCCGUGCACAAGCCAAAGCACCACUGAGGACACCACUGUGGCCAAGCUCACAGCCACACACCGGGCUGCACAUCAGCCCAGAUGCUGGGAGCAGAAAGAGGCCACUUAAUGGCAGCGAGUAGUCCAGCUGCAGGCACUGUGUCACCUCCUCGCUCCCAGCGCCACGUUCCUCCAGCCUGGCUGGGAGCUGUAGCACAGGCGCGUGGUGCCCGUGGGUGAGAGGCAGCGGCCAGGACAGCGCUGCCUUCCCCAGGGUCAGCCCAGACCCGGCCCGUUCCCCGGUCCCGUGGUUGCAUUCCACUGCGUGAGAAGCAUGGCCAGCCCAGUCCCCUGCUCCAGCUCCUGGAACGUGUGGCCAUGGGAAUACCCAAGCCCGGAGCGCGCCUCCUUCACAGCCCUGCACCAUCCUGUGUGAGCUACAGCACUGCAGCCUGUGCGUGCAAAGGGUUCAGGGCGCUGGGACCCCUGCGACAAGCAGGCCAGAGGAGGCGCAGGAUGGGAUGUUCCAUGGGGACAUCAGGGUAUGGGAAAGGGAGCUGGAGGUGAUGCCCGAGUGCCUGUGGCUCCUGCCCCUGGGCACUUCUCUGCCCCCUCCUCCGGGAAGCAAUAACACUGCUGGCAGGGCUACUCCUGGGCAGGGAGGCAACAGCUCCUCUCAGGCCCUCACCCUGCAGCCGUGCCCACUGCUAGCACGAUGAGACUUCUUUUUCUUCCAAGCAGCAGCUUUUCCGGCACACGCUCACACAACAGCAGGGCUGUGGCCCAUCCCGUCAAGGCACAAGGCCAGUAACAGCACUGGGGGAAUUCUGGCGUCACUCCUUCCUUGUUGGUACCACCGCCGCCAGCAGCCUCCCAGCAGCAGGAGCCAGAUGGGGCCACAGUGGGCGAUUCCGCCCCUGGCACCUUGCUGGGAUUCUGCAGGCAGCGGUGGUGCCAGGUUCCAACAGGAAGGAGCCAGGAGGCUGCCCUUGCCACCCCACAGGCAGGCUCGCACUGUCCUCGCUGCGAGGGGAAGGUGUUUUGGUGCAAUAAUUACCCCUGCACUACGGGAAGCCCCGUUCGGUUCCUUUUUACCUACCUGUCGUUGCAUGUACAGACCACAGCCCAAAUCACCAACAGCGUGGUUGUGUUUUGGGGAAGACAUCUCACUUUUUUCUUUCCAGCCCGCCCCAAUCUCAGACCACUUGUCUUUUGGGUUCCGCCACUUCUGUUCCAAGUGCCACCUGCCCUCCCCACGCCGGGAGCGUGUCGAUGCAGUAUUCCACGAGCAGUGUGGGGCACACACAGCUUGCACUCGAACUGGGGAUUGGGGUGUUUUUGUUUUUUUUUUUUUAAUUAAUGUACUUGAAGGCUUUCCAAGCCCCCUGUGGAGUUGUACUGUUGCUGUACUGUGAGCUAAGUGUCCUUGUUUUCUAUGUGGAUCUUGACCCUGGCUUGCUCUGUCUCACUGGGCUGGAUGACACGGUAUGUUGCCUCUUUUCUCCUUCACCCUUUCCCUCCCUGCUAGCCU